GCCCUGGAGAUGAAUCUCUUUAUUUAUGUCCUAUUUUUAACCAUUUGGAUAAACAGUUGUUUAGAUACAAACCAAAGUGAUGGAUCUCCUACUACAGGAGCUAAGCAUCUUGAAUCUAUGGAGACCAAAAUGGACAAUUUUAGGAGACGUCUACUAAUUAUCGUAAUUGGUGUUAUAAUCCUAGCUUUUGCUUUGGUUGGUUUUUGCUUUCUCCAUUAUUACUGUAUAAGUGAUGAUGUCCUCAAAGCACAAAUGGUCAAGAGAGAAGGUUUAACAGCCAAGUCAUCCAAGUCAUCCAAAGCAUCACUCAGUGAAUCCAAAACAGCUAGUCUGUGCAGUCCAGAAAAACAAUCCAUGCUAUUGAGUAUAGACAAGUUAUUUGGGCUAUCAGGUCCAGAAAGGACAUACAUACUAUCCAGUGCAGAAAAGUUAAUCAGGUCAUCAAGUCUAGAAAAGGCAACUGAGUCAUCAAGCCCCAAAAAAGUAUUCAGGUCAUGCCACACGGAAAACUCCCAUGGGACACAUAGUCUAGAAGAGUCAUGUAAGCGAGCUCAUGACCAGAAGCUCGUCAGUCAAGCCAGUUCAUCCUAUCCCAAUGAGACAGUCAGGCCACUUCAGCCAGCUAGUCUACAAUAUCCAGUCACGCCAACCAAAACUCCUUGUCUACCCGAUCUACAAAAUCAAAUCUUGUCCAAGCCAUCCGGGUUACAGAAACAGACCAAACGCCACCGACAUCCUAAUCUGAAAAGGUCAGUUAGUAUAGGGAAGGCAGACAUAUUGUCUAGGCCUCAGUUAGUCAAGUCUUGUCGAUGCUACAAGGACAAAUGCCUCGUUUGCAGAGCUGCUUCGGAGCCUUUGGUCAAUAAUAUUUCCAAGGCGAAAAAGAAGCAUGUUCAAAACCCACCUUUGCCACGUGAAUUGAAGUCUUUUUCUAAGUUCUUUCAUAAGAUAGAUUCCAAAGACAAUGCACUCUGUGGCAAUAUGAGUGACAGAGAUAUGAUGACAUGCAACAGUGAUAGCGACAGUGAUAGUGAGAUAAUCAUUAUUUGCAACAUAAAACGCAAGGAAAGCAUCCAUCAAAGUGCCCAAAAUAAGUAA